AUGUCUCGUAUUAACUAUAUCAUACCAUCAAUAUUCAUAUAUUUAAUAUAUGUAUGGAUUUAUGUAUGUCCAAACUCAAAUGAUUCAAUUACUCCUAUAAAUUAUCAUAUUUGUAAAACAAUGCAACCAGUUAUAGAUCCAUUAAAUAAUAAUUUUCAUAUUGAUGAAAAGAUAAAUUUAGGUAUAAAUUAUUUAAGUAAAAUUGAUGAUUCAAUUGGUAUUAGCUCUGGUUUAGCUGAUUAUUUACAAUUAACAAUUGAUUAUUCACAAAAUAAUAUAAUACCAAUAGUGGAAAAAUUGGGUAUUUGGGUUGAAUCAAAACUAUAUAAUUAUUUCAAUUUGGCACGUAUACAAUUUGAAAAUUACGUGAAUCCAUAUUUUGAAAAUGGUUGGGAGUAUCUUAGAUCAAUUUCUUGGAUUAAUCAAGUUAUUUUAUUUAUAGAUGAAUAUUUUCAAAGAUUAUUACAAUCUAAACAUGCAAUUAAAUUACAAGAACGUAGUAAAUUUUUACAACAAGAAUUCAAGAAUUUAAAAGUUGAUUUGAAGAAUUAUUUCAUACCUACAGAUUCAGAAGUUGAAACUGUAGUAAUUACAUCAACUGUUGAAGUCACUGAUUAUUCAAUUGAAACAAUGGUUGAAGAUCCAAUAUAUGAAGAAAUUAGACAAUGGGAUACUAAAAUUGAAAAUACAAUAAUUUUAGCAAAGAAUAGUAUUGAAAAUGAUAUGAAUAUUAGAACAGAUUCAAUUAUAGAUGAUAUAAAACCAAUUAUAUCUGAACAUUUUCAAUAUUUACAAGCUAUAAAUCAUGAACAAUAUAAAAAUUUAAAUUUAAAAAUUAAAGAAAUUAAUAAAGAUUAUGAAAAAAUGACUCAAUCAAAUGAUACAAUAAUAGAAACAAUAACAAGACAAGAAAUAAGAGAUGAUAUAAAACGAUCUUAUAAUUCUGCUGAAAAUUGUUCAUUUUUAGUUCAAAAUGAAUUAACUAAAAAUCACCAAAUUAUAAUAGAUCAAUAUUUUAUAAGUCUACAAAAUACAAUUGAUAUUUUAGAAAGUUAUGCAGAUUCAACAAUGAAUGAAUUAUUAAAAAUUAUAAAUAAUUAUGAAGCGAAAGAUGAAUCUGAAAAAUGGAAUUUAUUACAGAAAUUUCAUGGUUUAAAAAAUAAAUUGUUUGAUUUUAGAGAUGAGCUAUUUAAUAAUGCAAAUGCUUAUAAAGUAGAUAAUAAAAAGAAUCCAGACGUGAUAGGUCUUAAAAAAUGGAAUGAAUAUUUAAAUAAUGUUGAAUUUCAUUUAAAUUAUUUACUAAGAGAUAAUACGGAAUAUUUAAGAUUGAUUAGAGCACAAGCCAAUAUUGCAUUUCAGUUAAGGGAAGAGUUGACUAAUAACAUCAAUGAUAAACAAUAA